AUGCUCUCAAUUUCUUUAGUAAAAAAUCUGCUAUAUCGAACACAAAUUCGUUUUGCGUCAUCAUCAUCAAUUGAUAUUGCAGAUUUUAUUCGUGGAAUGUCUUCAAUAAAAAAACUCAAAACAGAAUCUUCAUCAUCAACAACAAAUAAACCACGACAUGUUCGAAUGAAAGAACGUGGUCGUGAUCCAGGUUUAACAUCACGUAUUAAUUUACAAAUUAUUUCAAAUGGUUAUGCUGAUACAAGUAAAUCACUUAUAUUAAAUAAUGAUCAAACAAAUUAUAUGUUCAAUUGUGGUGAAGGUACACAACGUACCUUACAAGAAAAAAAUACAACAUGGGAAAUAAAAUUUUCUAAAACCAAACAUUUAUUUAUGACAAGAAAAUCUUGGGAUACAAUGGGAGGUUUAUUAGGUGUUUCUAUUAGUUUAAAAGAUGCUUAUUUAAAUGAAAUUACAUUUCAUGCACCAUGUGAUGUGAUUAGUUUAUUGAAACAUUGGAAAGGUUUAGAAGCUUUUCCAAAUGUUACACUUGAACAACAUGAUUAUGAUAAUUGUGAAUUUAAAGAUGAUUGUUUUAAAAUUAAUGCUAUUCCAUUACGACCAAAUAAUGAUAUUUCAAAUUUUGAUACAAAACAACAACGAUUGACAACAUCAAAUAAUUUAAUUUCAAUGAAAAAAUUUCCUGAUGAUCUUGUUUAUGCUUAUCUUUGCGAAACACAUCCAUUUCCAGCUACUCUAUCUGCUGAAUUAUGUGCUUUUCAUAAAGUACCACCUACUGAACUUCGAGCUCGAUUAAAAAAUGGUGAAGAUGUUACAUUACCAGAUGGUCGUCUUAUUCGUUCCAAAGAUGUUACUUUACCUGGUGAACCACCAGUGAAAGUUUUAAGUAUGUAUUAA